AAACAAAAAAAAAGAGGACUGCGAGCCUGAGUGGAGGAAAGUGGGGGUGGAUCGUACCGACCUGUAUUAUAUAGAACUUGCCUGUUUCGCGUCCAGCACCUUCUACCAUACCACUUAUCGUGCUGAUACGUUCGACCUUCCCGCGGCGAGAAGGGACUACACUGUUUCACCAAAUAUUAUGAUGGAACUCCCCGGCAAUAAGUCCAGUCUACUGUUGUCCAGCCACACCUCGAUCCAGCCUCUGCCCAGCAUGGCAAACGCAGAUAUCUCUCACCAGAUCACUAGCCUCAUUGAGGUCACGGAAGGCAUCGUCCAGGCGUAUAGCCCGAUCAAAAACCUCCGUGGCCUACCCGAUGCCUUCCGGGAAGUGAACAACCUCCUACCUUUCAUCAAACAAAUCCUUCAAGAUGCAAAGAGUCCGACGAAGAGAGUCCUGUCCGCCAACGAUGCUGAGGCGCUGAAGACGGCGCUGUGUAGCUGCGGCGAGAAGGCUAACAAUCUACUGGAGAUCUUCCAGAAGUUCGCAAAGAAGACAAAUGGCCGAUACAACUCUUCCGUGUACCGGGCAAUUGUUAUUCAACACGGCAAGCAUAAUGUCGAAACGCUGGCGGACGGUAUUUUGCAGGAUCUAGGAGCCCUUGUGACGCACCACAUAUUUCCGGCGGACAUGCAGAGGCAAGUUAAGUCGUUGGAGAAUGCUCGAGAGGCGCUAGCGAGAUUGUCUCCAUCCCUAACUGACUCCGAUCUGGCCGACCAGCCUCAUGCUGCUCACCAGUAUGGGGAUCAUGGCCGCCAGUAUAACCUGCUCGGCGAGGGCAGCCAGAGAAUCGCCGAUGGUCACUAUUUCGAGGCGCGGGGAAAUCAGACGUUCGGCAUGUUCCCGCCUAAGAGUUUUACGAACAGCUCUGAAAUCGCUGCUGGUCAAUAAGAUUUCAGCGGUAUCCCAGCAUCACCCUCUCCCAGCCCUAACAUUGAUUUGCAUCCAAACUACACGGCUUUUAGCCAAGCUCCUAACGUUCGUGCAUUACGGGAAUAGUCUUUUAACAACCCUCACUGGUUCCAGGGCCGUACGCGCCCUUACAGUGGAUUGGGGGAGGCAGGGGAUCUCUGGCAUGUUUAGCCCUGCAGAUUAUUUUAGGCUUUGAUAUCGUUUCGUUGGUUUAGGUGGUCUGUCAGCCAUCGGGGAUUUCACCUUCCGGUUACUUAGAACGUUGGUGGGGGUAGACGCGAUAGGCAUUUAUGCGGGUAGUAAGAGGUUCGCUGGGAGAUAUCCUGUGUGUACAAGUAAAGCCUACAAACUAUAAUACUAUAUGGGGUCUACCAUGAUAUACCCCCCACAUUGUUAAUAAAGUACGGGGCCGCGCAUAGGACCCUAAUGGCGCAGAAAUCUC